AUGGUAGGAUCCCCACCAUCUUCACACGACAGAUUGCCUUGUCUGCCGUCCUCUGGACAGGUACAUGCAAACUAUGAUUCAAUUCCACGAGACUCGCCAACUAGCGAAACACCUCGGGACUCCAGAUACUCAAGUAACCGAUUCAAUGGAAGCAGACCAUCAAGGUCUUCAUUGCCCAAGCUGCAGCUCUCAAUCAUCUGUCUCAUGAGACUUUGCGAGCCCAUAGCAUUCACUGUAGUUUUUCCAAUGGUGGCAUUUUUGAUGCCCGUCUGGUGCAAUCCUGAUCCGAAGAUGGUGGCAGAUUUCAAUAAAUCACUCACUGAAAAGGAAAUAGGUUUCUAUUCUGGAGCAGUCGAAUCGGUCUUUGCUUUUUCACAACUUUUGACCAUCAUGGUAUGGGGAAAGCUUAGUGACCGGAUCGGACGCAAGCCUGUCAUCUUGUGCGGUUUGUCCGGCGCUAUCAUGUCUACCAUCAUUUUCGGUUUCAGUCAUAGCUUCGCGCAGAUGCUGUUAGCCAGAGGCCUUGGUGGUAUCCUCAACGAUACGUCUAGUGUCAUCAAAUCUUUGCCACUGGUAUCUCAACAGAUGAUGGCCGAAAUGACAACGCCCGAGAAUCAAGCCCUGGGAUUUUCUUUCCUGCCUCUGAGCUUCGCCAUGGGCUCUACGAUCGGCCCGCUUAUAGGCGGCUAUCUUUCCCAACCUGCCGAGAGAUUUCCUAACAGCUGGUUCGCUCGGACACAUUUCUGGCACGAUUUUCCAUGGGUACUUCCCUGCUUUGUGGCUAGCAUCGUUCCCCUGGUAUCGUGCGUGCUUGGUUAUGUGUACCUGGAAGAGACACUACCUUUGAAGAGGUCCAUACCUCACAUUGAAUCGAGUGCUAUGGACGCCUCGAAUUGUGAAAGUACCACGCCCCUCCUUCACGAUAGUCCUGCCGUGGUUUCAGCUGAACCUGUUUCACCGGGCAUUUUUGUGCUACUGCGAGACCGCAAUUUACGUACAAUAUUAGUCAACUACUCGCUAUUAUCAUUCCAGACAAUUGCGUUGGAGGCUCUUUUGGUCUUGUUUGCCUUUACACCUAUCAAAUCCGGGGGUAUCGGCUUCUCUGCUGCAAAUAUUGGCAUUGCUCUUUCUAUCUCAGGAGUUUUUACCAUGAUCGUACAGUUAACGUUGUUUUCUUCAUUACAAAAGAAAUUCGGAACCGUCAAACUCUAUCAAAUAUGCAUGUCAGCGUACCCUGUGAUAUUUCUCUUAUUUCCUUUGAUCCACUUGACUGCUCUUGUCGAGCAAUCUCAAAAGGAUGGUAGUUUCAUUGGAGUAUGGAUUGGUUUAGGCAUUCUAUUGGCUCUGAAAACUACAGCAAAUAUCGUAUAUUGCAAAGCCAUUGGACCUGUCAUGGCCUCUAGCAUGUUUGCAAUCUCAGUAUUGCAUAACGAUUUCUUGGAUGGUAAUACUGUGUUUUAUGUUUUUGCUUGUAUUGCAUUGUUGGCUUUUUUGAGCUCGCUUACUAUUCAAGAAGGUGGUGAGCUUUGGAGGAAUGAUUAA